AUGUUCAACGCUACCAGAGCUUUGGGAGUUACAUACAAGGGGAUUUCCCUAGAGACGUUGGCCAAGGAAGCUGGGACCGGAUAUAGCAACACAGUCAAGGCAGCGGGUAUGGCCAUUGAAAAAAGGUAUCCGGCUGUCGUGGAAGCAAAAAUCCAGUACGUGUUCAUUCUCUCAGCCCUGCAAGCUCCUCAUCCCCAAACCCCCCUCCCACUUGCCGAAUUUUGA